GUUGAAGCAAAGCUGCCAUGGCAGCGAGACUUAACGAAAUACCAGUAGAGCUGCGGGGACAGGGACCACCGGCAGCCGAAACAUGCGAGAACGAGAGGGAAGAUGAGGCGGCCGCAGAUCAAGACUCGACGAAGAGCGAACGCAAAGAGAAGAACGAAAAAGCACCGCAAGCGCCUGGGCACAACAACAACCAUGGCGAAUAUCCGAGCAGAGGUUGAAAUGUUAAAACUGCAAAUCGAGCUGCUGAAGCUGCAGAGCGAGAGGGAGAAGGAAGGGAGAGGAGAGAACACAACACCAGCCGCCAGCAAUGACGCUGGCGUCAUGUUGCUAAAUGCCGCCAAAGACAUGUUGCCAACAUAUCAUGGCAACAUUUCUGGAAACAACGAUGACGUCACAACUUGGAUCGCGCAGUUUAAGGCCGUCGCAAAAGUGAACAAACUGAAGGAUGAGAAGCUACUAAUGCUGCUAAUGUCGAAGCUUAAGGACAAAGCAUUGGUGUGGCUGCAUUCGAGUCCGGAGCACAUGUCGCUGCCAAUCGAUCAAUUGUUGAACGUCAUGGAAGACACUUUCCAUCCCAAGGAAAGCAAACUGUUGCUCCGUCGCAAGUUCGAGUCCCGUUCAUGGGCACGUGGCGAGGAGUUCUCGAUGUACUUCAACGCCAAAGUGUCGCUGGCAUCCCGCAUAGUCAUUGACGACGAGGAGUUUAUUGACGGAGUCAUCGAAGGUAUCCCAGAUGUAGGCCUGCGUAGGCAAGCCCACAUGCAGUGCUUUGGCGCUCCAUAUCAACUACUCAAGGCGUUCGAGAAGAUCAUGCUGCCAAAGAAGUACGGUUCAACUGAAGGGGCAAACACUGGAGCCUCGCCAACACCCAUUCGCUGCUACAACUGCAACUCUUUGGGCCACGUGGCAGGGGAGUGCCGCAAGCCCAAGCGCGAAAGAGGAGCGUGCUACGGAUGCGGCAGCAUGAGUCACCAGGUGUCACACUGUGACGAAAAGAAGUACAAGAUUGCCUCAUCGACUCAGGGAGCCCAAUAAGUUUUAUGAAGUUAUCGUGUCUAGAGCACCAGUCGGAAAAUAACCUAAAUAAAGUGGAAGAGCGCUCACGAUUAAGUUCGAACGAAAUCAAAGAAGAUGAUUUAAGUUUAUAUAAGUUUAACAAAGACAAGAAAAACAGAGAAAUUGAAUUUAUUUUGAAUAAAAAUGCGGAUUACGCUUAUGUUGGACUAAAUAAUAGCAAA